ACCUCACCACACUAUUUACCAUCUCCACUCUCAUCCCUAAUAAAAUAACUCACCGACCUAACCCAACCUCUGUCCUAAAUCUUGUUUCUUCGAAAUUACACCCACACCAGGUUCUUUCUUUCUCUCUCCCAUAGUUAAAUAAUCACGCGUUUCUUGUACGGUAAUGUUCUUCGGGAUUUGAUCAUUCACUUGCUUCUUCUUACAGGAUAAAACCUCAAUCACGGAUUCAUAUGCGUCUCGACCAUCAUCGUAUUUGAUUCUCCAUUAAUUAUUGCUACUUCCUUAUUUAUUAUACAUAAGGAAGUUCUGGUUUUCUAGUACACUGAUGGCUAACUCAAGUAGCAGAUUUACACCGACGAUGUCCGAAGACUCCUCGGAGCAGAAGGGACAAAAUAUUACUGAAUCGAAUGCAAGCAUAAUUCAGUGUCCUUUAAGCCAGCAACACCGUAGCUCUUUAGAUGGCCCAGUUUCUAUCCUUUGGGAUAUUGAAAAUUGUCCUGUUCCGAGUGAUGUACGCCCAGAAGAUGUAGCUGGUAAUAUAAGAAUGGCUCUGCAAGUGCACCCGGUAAUUAAAGGAGUUGUUAUGAUGUUUUCUGCUUACGGGGAUUUCAACGCUUUCCCCAGGCGACUAAGAGAGGGCUGUCAGAGAACUGGUGUUAAACUCAUUGAUGUUCCCAAUGGGAGAAAAGAUGCUGCUGACAAAGCGAUUUUGGUUGACAUGUUCUUAUUUGCUCUUGACAAUCCUCCACCGUCCUCUAUCAUGCUAAUCUCUGGAGAUGUUGAUUUUGCUCCAGCGCUCCAUAUUCUUGGUCAACGGGGAUACACUGUCAUUCUUGUCAUCCCUGCUGGGGUUGGUGUUUCAUCUGCCUUAUGCAAUGCUGGUAAAUUUGUCUGGGACUGGCCUGUUGUAGCUCGUGGAGAAGGUUUUGUCCCUCCCUCAAAGUUAUUGGUGCAACCUCGUGGAAGUUCAGUUGAGCUUGCUGGAUAUUUGAUGGGAUGUCAUAUCAAUGAUAGUGCGGAUGGACAAAAUGAAGAGGAAGCGAUAGUUUAUAGAGGGAUGUCACAGAGCUAUUACAACUCAAGAGAGUUUUCUCUGGUAUCACAAUCUCUAUCUGAAUAUAACCCACCACACAUGUCUUACUUGCCAACAUCUACGAGAUCAUAUAGCCUUCCAUCUGGAUUGAAUGAUGUUGCUGGAGGACCUAUGCCUUCUAGCGACAAUACUGAAUGCCAGGUAUGGGUACAGCCUGGAGAUUUAAAUGGUCUCAAGGGUCAGUUAAUAAGGUUGCUCGAACUAUCUGGCGGAAGCCUGCCCCUGGUCCGAGUGCCAGCAGAGUACCAGAAACUUUACAGUAAGCCACUUUUUAUAUCUGAAUAUGGAGCAUUUAAGUUGAUCGAUCUUUUCAAAAAAAUGGACGAUGCCAUUUCUGUGGAAGGGAAAGGGGCUCGCAGAUUUGUGUCUCUCAGAAACAAGAAGGGAGGCACAAGCGCUCCUCCGCUGUCUCUUGCAAAAAGAGAUAAAAAGGGAAAAGGGACACUGGAAGAGACUACUACAAAUGCUGUCAUCGGCGGCUGCUCUUCAGAUGAAUUGUCAGAUGAAGAAAGAGUAGUCGUAGAAGAACACGAUGGAAGAAAUUUUACAGGAAAGCGUAAUAAGGGGAGAGCAGCCAGAUGCCAAAUUGAUGGGCGUGUUCUUGAGCACUUUAAGUGCGAACUGCAGGAAAUUCUUGUCAGCUACUCCUGUCGGAUACUUCUAAGUUGUUUCGAAGCUGUGUACAAGCAACGAUACAAGAAACAGUUGGAAUAUCAGCAAUUUGGCGUGGACAAGUUGGAGGAUUUGUUGGAGAAAGUGAGUGAUGUGGUAGUAUUGCACGAGGAACCAGUAAGCAAGAGGAAAUUCCUGUCUGCAGUUGGUGGUUAGAAAACUUCAGCAAGAGACUGAUUGCUAUUUGUUUUAUAAUAACAUACAUCUUUUCAGUUAAUUUAUUUCUUAUGUAUUUUGUAAACAUGAUCUGCUGGGCGUAUGUGUUUUUUUAUAGUCACUGGCCUGCAUGUAUUUGAACCUUGUAAAAUUUAUGUGCGAAUGUGUAAAAGUAGUAGGCAUUUUCACUUUUA